UAUAGUCAUAGAUAUAUCAAUACAAGACAUUCACUGUAGCAUUGUAGCAGCAGAAAAUUGGGAAUAUUAUAAAUCUCCUUAUACUGACCUGGAAUGUUGUCAAUGAUAAAUCAUUGAUUAAAAUUCAAUGUACAGUGCAUUUGCAUACAUGAUGCCAGCAAUGUUUAUAUAAAUUUAUAUUAUUAAAAUGCAUUUAUAAAUAUGCAAAUUCAAUAUUUCUAAAUAAAAAUGCAAAUCUGGAAGGAUAAAUGACUUUUAGCUAAUUACACAGCUAAAAAGCGUUCCAGAAGUCGAAAUUAGAACCUGAUGUACAUAACUCUAAGACCUUAGCUUUCUGUUCUGCCCUGAACCAUGUCUCUUAUCCCUCCUUCUGGGUCUUUGCACAUGCUGUCCCCCUGCUGGGAAUAGCCUUUGUCUAGCUUUAAAACUUCAAUAAUUUACUUUUCUUUCAUUUCUUCAGUUAUCACUUAUUUCUUUGUCAUUAUUUUAAAUUUACUAGGUCUGCCCUUAUUUAAGGAAACAAGCCACAUCUGAUGCUUUUUAUUGUUCAAAUUUGCAGCAUCCUCUGAGUUUUUAAAAUACUUGUUGUCUGCUUAAAUAAUUAGGGAAUAAGAGGGAAGUGGACUGACAAAGAAAAAGAAAAAUGUUAACUAAGAUUGUCCCUUUCUUCAUUUGAGCGGUCUUUCGAAAAUGUUCUUCAGUGAACCAUUGUGGAAAGAGAAAAGAAAUAUCACAAAAGUAGCUGAGGGUUGUGAUUCAGAGCUGAAUUGGAAAUUUGGGGUAUGGUUUGAUCCUUGAUUAUGGCUGAAGCAAGUCUAGAAAUACAAAUGUUUACCGACUAAAGCUGAUAGCUGUCAUCAUUGAGUCUGACUGACAGAGAAAUAAUAGCCAGUCCCUGAUAUCAAAUCCACUCUCAAGCCUGGAGAAAGGGCUAAUACUAGUAUUCUCUAUUCAGUUCAGAGUUCACUGCCGUUUCCUUUUGUUCUAUAAAAUAUCAUUAAUUGUAUUGGUGCCCACUUCAUCUUUAGUAAUCUAUUAAGAACCUUGAGAAAUGUGAAGUCCCAGGUGAUACAGUUUAUGGCCUCGGCUGCAAACCAAAAGGUUAGAGGUUUGAAUCCACCCAGAGAUACCUCGAAAGAAAGGCCUGGCAAUCUAUUUCUGAAAAAUCAGCCAUAGAAAACCCUAUUGCUCACAGUUCUACUCUGACAUUCAUGGGGUCACCAUGAGUCAGAAUCUACUCCAUGGCAUCUGGUCUAGACUUUGGUUGGCAAGUAACUGUCACUAUGUUGAGAGCAUUAUGAAUUUCCCCUGAGAUUCAUUCUGUCAGAGAUAUGUGAGAAAUAAAGCUGUCCAGCUUCCACUAGAAUCCACAGGUAUCUUUUAAAAAUGUAAGCCUGAUUUAUAAUUCAGGCUAUUUACAAUUAAGAAAUUAUAAUACUCUUUUGUUUUAUACUCUCCCUUGGUUUCCCAUUGCCCUCAGAAAUUCCUUGCCUUGUCCUAAAAUUCUCUGGUUUACCUGGUUACUGCCUCUACCUCUCCAAACACACAUUGAGCCAAAUGAAUGACGCCAAAUAGUCACUAACUAUAAACACUAUGUUGCUUUUUUAGAUUUUCCGACUCUCAGCCAGCGCUCAUAUCAGUACCUGGUAAAUGCGAAACCAAAACAAUGUGACUGAAUUCAUUCUUUUGGGUCUUACGAAAAACCCAGAGCUGAGGAAAAUAUUUUCUGCUGUGUUUCUAAUCAUGUAUGUUGUCACCAUGUUGGGAAACCUACUCAUUGUGGUAACUAUGACUGCAAGUCAGAGUCUGAGGUCACCUAUGUAUUUUUUCCUUACUUCCUUGUCCCUCAUGGAUGCCAUCUUUUCUUCUGUCGUCGCCCCCAAGAUGAUUGUGGAUUCCCUCUCUGAGAGCACUACCAUCUCCCUCAAAGGCUGUAUGACCCAGCUCUUUGCAGAACAUUUCUUUGGUGGAGUGUCAAUCAUCCUUCUCAUUGUGAUGGCCUAUGACCACUAUGUGGCCAUCUGUAAGCCCCUGCACUACAGGACCAUCAUGAGUUCUCGGAUGUGCUGCCUGCUGCUGGGAGGGGCCUGGGUGGGAGGAUUUUUGCAUGCAAUGAUACAGCUUCUCUUCAUGUACCAAAAACCUUUCUGUGGUCCCAAUGUCAUUGAUCACUUUAUGUGUGACUUGUUUCAGUUGCUGACACUGGCCUGCAUGGACACCUGCGUCCUGGGCCUCUUGGUCAUCCUCAAUAGUGGGGUGAUGUGCGUGACCAUCUUUCUUAUCCUCAUUGUCUCCUACAUGAUCAUCCUCUGCUCUUUGAAGUCUUAUAGCUCUGAAGGAUGGCGCAAAGCCCUGUCUACCUGUGGCUCCCACCUCACAGUGAUUGUCUUGUUCUUUGUGCCAUUUGUUUUCUUGUACGUAACACCUGUGGCCACUUAUCCCAUAGACAAGGCAAUGGCUAUGUCGGAGUCUAUCAUCACACCCAUGUUAAAUUCCUUGAUCUACAUCCUGAGAAGCACAGAGGUGAAAAAUACCAUGAAGAAACUUUGGAUGCAAUGAGAGACUUUAGAUGGCAAGUAACUGUCAUCAUGCUGAAAACAUUAUGAGUUUCUCCUAAAGAGAAGUCAUUCUUUCCAAGAUGUGUGAGAAAUAAAACAGCCCAAGUUCCAGAAGAAUCCAGAGGGAUCUUUUAGAAAUACAAGUCUGAUUUAUUGUUUAGGAUAUUUACAACAUAGAAAUUAUGAUACUGAUUUUCAAGGUUUCUUUUCUUCCUCCUAAUCUCAUCCUUGUGGUGGUUACCCUUUCCCCUUUAGCCUUCCCCAGGUCAGUCCUUUUACCUCACUACUGGAACUCCAUUAUCAGAUCUAAGAGCUAUAAUUCAUUUUGUAGUUUUUCCUGUUUACAGGUAAAGUUUAACUAUACAAACUUUUGUCCAUAAAAUGUACCUUUCACAUGUGUGCACACAAGUUAUUUCUCAAAUUCGAGUACUGUGUAAGCCCUUCCUAAGGAGAAAUCAGUUCUUUUGAAUUUCGGCAAUGAUACGAAUCAUGAUUUCACAUUUCUAAUGUAACGAGGUGUUAAGAUUGAAAUUUUGGCUACACAUGAUAAGUGAAAUUACAAAGUGCGUUCCAGAUCACACCAUACCUGCUACUACAGUGAAGGCAGUGAAUGAUGAAGAUAAGAACCCUCACAACUAAGUAAAGAAUAUGAAACCUGGUCAGUAUAAACUGGAAGAGUGGUUUGUGAGAACAGCUUUGGAUGUAGAGAAUUCCCCUGCCCCACCAUGGGAGUAGAGGUAUGCCUGCCUCUCAUGUCGGUACUCGUUUCUCUGAUGUUUCUGUGGAAGGACAUGUUUGGAGUUACCUACUCUGCCAUUUGGCUGACAUCACCUCCUACUUUAAUUUUUAAUUGUCUGUCAACCAGAGGUCAUAGUACCUUAAAAUUCCAGUCAAGUACCUUAAAAUUUGUUUGUAUUUGUGAGUGUGUGUGCAUUUACACAUACAUGUGUACGUGCAUGCUGAAAGGGCACUUCUAGAGAGUGCUAUUCUGACAGACUAGCAUAUGAUCCUCCACAUUGGUGGCUGCAGGGACUGAGAUCAGAAAAAUCUAGGCAGAAAGAGAGACUUAGUGGUAUCAGCACAGGAUUGCCCAGUAGGGCAGGCUCAGCUACAGGUGUCCAAUGUAUCAUCUUCAAGGAGCAUCCUAUCAAAUGCUCAUACUGGCAAAAUGACAAUCUGAAUUCUGCAACUUUCCAGUCUCCUACAGAUUGGCUCAUGUUGACCAAAUUCAUAUGGUACUAGAAAAAGAUUUGUAAAAGGAAUUUGGUGGACACACAUGCACACGAUUAUCCUGUGAUUAGUCAGCACAUUUCUUUCUGGAGAAAAAUGUCUACAAGAAGUUAAAUUACCAAGUGAAAAUGGUCAGGUGUUGAUAGAAUCCAAGUAAGGCUCAUUAUAGGUUGUUUACAAUGGUUAUGAGCUUUAAGUACUCAUAGUCUAAUGCAGUCCUCUCAGAAUAUUAAAUGUGUAUAUAAUGGACCAAUAACAUGUUGAUAUACAUUGACUGCUUCCUGUUAGGACUGUUUCCUGUUAGGAGUAUUUCACCUUUCCUGUCCAUGUAACAAAAACUAAUGUGUUAAGGAAGUGUAAAUUAAAUACACCAUAUUUAUCAGCUGAAGUCAUAAUUUGCUACGCCAUAACUUUUUCAUGGCAUUUUUCACUUCUGCAUUCCUCAGUAUAUAUAUCAGAGGGUUGAGAAAGGGUGUCCCAAUUGUAUAAAACACAGCCACCAUCUUGUCCACUGGAAAUGUAGCUGGUGGGUGUGUGUACAUGAAUAUACAUGGACCAAAAAACAUGACUACCACAAUAAAAUGGGAGAUGCAGGUAGAAAGAGCUUUUCACCUUCCUUCUGCACUGUGGUUUCUCAGAGAGUAUCAAAUGACAACAUAGGAUAUAAGCAAGAGCGUGAAACUCAUCAUGCAUAUGGCCCCACUAUUGGACACAGCAGCAAACUUAUCACAUAGUGUCCAUGCAGGCAAGUUUCAACAAGGGCUGCAAGUCACACAAAUAGUUAUCAAUCACAUUGGGACCACAGAAGGACAAUAUCAAAGCCAAGGAAAUCUGUAUUGAAGAAUGGAUACAAGAUCCCACCCAGGCCAGAAUCACCAGCACACCACAGACACCUGCUCAUGGUGGUUGUUUAUAUUGCAGCAGCUUUCAAAUGGCCACAUAGUGAUCAAAAGCCAUGAGGAUGAGCACAAAUAUCUCCAUACACCCAAAGAAAUGGGCUGCAAAGACCUGAGUCAUGCGCUCACGGUAGGAAAUGGUCUUCUUCUAGGAUAGAGCAUCCGCAAUCAACCUGGGUGCCGUAGUUGUAGAAAAGCAGACAUCAGCAAAGGACGGGUAGAAUAGGAAAAAGUACUUGGGACUCCCAAGGGUAUGACUUGUCUUAAUAGUCACCACAAUGAGAAAAUCCCCCAGCAGAGUCAAAAGGUAAAGAAUCAAGAAGAUUCCAAAUAUUGCUUUCUGCUUUUCAGCAUCCUGUGUCAACCCAAACAGAAUGAAUUCGGUCACACUGUUAUUCAUCACUAUGUAAGUGGCUGUAGGUGGGAUGAAUUUGACAAAGGUUUAAUCUGCAGAGAGAAAAAAAGUGACAUUUUGGGAAAAUCAUUUGGCUAAACUCUGAAUUAAUUGGUUCUGUUCCAUGUUCUGUUACCUCCAAUUACCUUUGGCGUGCACCAAAAUUCCCCAGGAAUCUUUGUAAAUCUACAGAUGCACAGACCUCUCCCAGAUUUAUCUGUUGAUUCAUUUAGAAACUGUCUGAUUGGCCCAGCACUUUUGUAUUUUUUGAAUAAAAAAAUUAUAUAUAUAUAUAUAUGCCUCCUUUACAAACUUUGAUUUUUUACCAAGACUGAGAACUAUAAAACUUGUUCUUUCCCUGGGCAAGUGACUUAACUGCUUUGAAACUUGGCCUUCAUAUGAAAAAUGAAGUACCAAUAUCUGCUCUACCUUAUUCUGAGUUAUCAUGAGAAUUUAAAAAAAGAUUUACACACAGACAUUUACAUGACUAUGUGUUUGAUGGAAACCCUGGUGGCGUAGUGCUUAAGUGCUACGGCUGCUAACCAAAGGGUCGGCAGUUCAAAUCCGCCAGGCUCUCCUUGGAAACCCAAUGGGGCAGUUCUACUCUGUCCUAUAGGGUGGCGAUGAGUCGGAAUAGACUUGAUGGCACUGGGGUUUUUUUUAUAUGUUUGAUGCAUUAUGCAUCUUAUCUAUGUGCUUUGAAAUCUGAAAAACACCAUUCCAAUGUAAUUAAGCAAUAAUUUUAUUGUUGGAGAAUUCCUUCUUAAGAACAUAUUUUCAGUUCUGUUGACUCAUUUUUGUGUCUAUUAUCCCUGGCUCUUUAGGAUCUUGAGUGGUAUAUGCUUUACAACUAAACUGUUUUGACAAUUUAUCAUCUAUGCCUCUAGUAGUCAAGAUGUGAGCUUCUCUGAUGUUCAUGACAUAAUGAAUGUCUGGAUGAUGUUUGUCUUACUUAUCUAGUGCUGCUAGGAUAGAAUUACCACAAAUAGGUGCCUUUAACAAACAGGGGGCUAGAAGUUUGAAUUCAGGGUGCUUUCUGUCUCUGUUGGCUCAGAGGAAGGUCCUCGUCUCUUUGAGCUUCUGCUCCUGGGUAAUCUUCAUGUGGCUUAGUAUCUUUCCUCCCCUAUCUUGCCUUCCCAGCUUUCUUGUUUCAUCUGUUUUAUCACUAAUUCUGUCUCAUUAACAUAAAAAAGACAACCCAUCCCCAAAUAGGAAUAUAACCACAGGCAUAGAAGCUAGGAUUUACAACACGUUUUGGGAGGGUGCAAUUCAACCCACAGCGAUGCUUUUGGUUGGCAUGAUGGAGGGAAACUACUCUUUAUCUUUGUCUUGAACUUAUUCCCUUAACUUAGCUUUAAAAUAGAAUAUUGAGCUUCUCUAUCUAUAAAUUUGACUUGCAUAUACUUUCUAAUAUUCUAACAACCUCAGUAUUGUUUUUACUCAUAUAUAACCUUCUUUAUUCUGAAUUCCCCAGGAUACUUCUUCUAAAAACUUUAUUUGGAGAUCAUUAAUAAAGUAAGACAUUAUGCAAUAUGUACUAGAAGAGAAGAAACCACAUGCAGAGAGAAAAGCACAAAUUUCUCAAGGAUAGAUUGAAAAAAAAAGUGAAGAAUUCAAAAUUAUGUAAAAAGUGAGCUAUAAUUUUAACUGGAAAGAUCCAAGUUCCAAACCAAGUUCUAUUAGAUGUAAACUUUCAGACUUAGAACUGAGAGGAGAUAUGUUAGCAGAGUGAUCAAUACAUAGAGUCUGAAGUCACAUUGUCUAGUUUCAAACCUCACCCCACUGUUCAUCAGAGGUGUGACAUUUAACAAGUUCUUUGAUAUCUCUGUGCUUUGUUUUCUUCAUCUGUAAAACAGAAAUAAUAAAAUAAUAUAUGCUUUAAGGUUGCUGCGAAGAUUAAAUAACUUGACUUAAUCAGAUUAUUAGAUGCCAGUACUCAGUACCCAUAAUAAGAGUGGUUAUUUUCAUUAUGAUUUUCACUACUGGAUUUACAAGAGAGAUUUUCCAUUUUUCAAGAAUAUUAAUUCAAAUUUUUUAUAUAUCCAUAAUAAAGCUAUACCAUUGCAUUAAAAUAUUAAGUUCCUUUGCUGAGUGGCUGAAAUCAUAUCAGCACUGUGGAUGACAAUAGUUUUCUUAUGAUGAUCAGAAGCUAGGAUUGAGAGUUCUAAAUAUCUCUAAGACAUAAAAAAGAGAAACAUCAAUCAAAAGUAUGUAAUAGCAUCAUUACAAGGGACCCAUGAUAAGAGGAAAGCAGAGAUAAAACAAGAUCUUGGUAGUGAACAGUUUGGAAUCAAAAGCAAAGGAAUGUGGGCAUUUAGAUGACAAGAAAUGAAAUAAAAAAUUUAGUGGUGGUAAGGCACAUGCUAUAUUAAGAAAACAGAUCAGUAUGAACCCUCUAGUUUGGUCAGACUCAAAAGCUGUGGUAGAAAAGUUGGAAAAGUAAGUCGCCUUCGUAGCUGAAGGCCAUAAAAGCCAAGUUAUAAAUAUCUGAUAUUCUCUAUUGGCAAAGUAGAAAAUUUGGAGGCAUAAAAACAUAACAGCACCUUCUAUUAAGAUUUAUCAGGCACCUACUCCAAGUUGUUUAAUGGAAUUUAGCCAUCUUUUUUUUUUUUUUAACUGAAUUUAGUCCAUUUGAACUUUGAGCUUUUCUAUAACAAAGUGCCUAUCUUCUUCAAGAUUCUGGAGACCUACUGAAGACUUUCUUUCCGUCCCUGCACUUAGAAAGUCAAUGGAGAGGAUUCAAGUAGAUUCACUGUAAAACACCAAAUGAAAUCCGUUGCCAUGGAGUUAAUUUAGACUUCUGACAACUCCGUGUGUUACAGAGUAGGACUGCUCCCGAGGGUUCUCUGGGUUGUAAUCCUCACAGAAACAGUUCACCAGGACUUUCUUCCACGGUGCCACUGGGUGGGUUUAAACUGCCACCCUGUAGGUUACUAGACAAGCACAGACCCUGUACACUGCCCAGGGAUCUGGAUUCACUGUAGCCUCAACAAAAUAGAGACUGGCUCUGAAGUUAUCCCAAAUAUGAUUCAUCAGUGGCUUCAGACUUGUCACUUCCUUUCUUAAAGAAGGAUCCAAAGUGCUAACUCUCAACUCAUCUCUGUGGGAGGCAAAAAACAUGUAGGGAGCCCAGAGAGGUGGAUUAUAAUCUCAUCUAUGUCUUUAAAUGUCACUUGACCUUGGUCAAGUUGGUUCGUACCUAAGCCUGAAUAUCCUUACUUUCAUUGAGGGCGCUCAAGAAAAUAAUUUUCCUCUCAAUUUUAACAUAAGAACCUUGUCACACAGUAGAGCAGUCAUUAAAAUUUAAAUAAAAAGUCUCACACAAUUAGAUGAAAUAAAAACAGUAUGUAUUGCUAUACUCGUGUAGGUUUUCACUGUGAGAAUGAUUAACUCAUGCUUAACAAAAAUACAGACUGGGAUAUAAUAAAAUGGAUAGUUCUGGAAUUCUUUAAGUGGAUUCUCACAAGCUUUUACUGAGAUGCCUGUUCUACAUUUCUAAACAGCGAAGGAGAACAUAAAUUCAGCAAUCCCCUCUCCCUCAUUUUACCCCAUUGUCAUCCCUUAAAAACACGAAGUUCGCAUUCAAAAAAAUGUGAUGAGUCAUAAAUAAAAUGGUUACUAUGAUUUUAAUAAUCUCUGUCUGCGGUGCUCAUCAUGGCUUUCAAGCCCUCCAGCUCUGUAACAGAAUCUUGCUUUUUACUUUUCUUCUCCGGACUUCUGCCAAUGCAUGCUCCAGUCAAGUCUGACACUUAAUGUUUCUCAUUAGUAUACCCAGACCAUCUCAUUCCGAUUUUUUCACAUCCGACGUCAGCUGAACACCCCUACCUCUGCUACAACCUAAACUUUCAUUUCUACCUAUGGAGAGAGUACCCAGUUCAAAAAACAUCUCCUCAGAGAAGCCUAUCUGUAUUUCCCCAAGUCACUCUCUUGCUAGUGGCCUUCCACAGCCCAAAACUAAAUAUUUGUUGAAUCAUGUAGUCCCUGAUUAUAUUCUUCUCUCAUUUUUGCUUCAACAUCUUUUGUCCAUUGAUUUUAUAAUAUCGCAUGAGUUAAGUAAGGCAAGUUAGCUUUUUUCUACUUUGUGCACUUUGUGUUAAGCUGGGAGGCAGAGUUUAGCAGAGAGCAGUUAGAGUAAAUCCAAGACCAAAACCAGUCUUUGGUCUCCAUAGCAUUCUCUCUAACACUUCACCCUACACUGCCGUACAAAACAUCAGUCUCCAGCUAUCCAAAUAGAGCCAACACAAAGCCCAGGAAACAUAAACAGGUAAAGAAGGAAGCUGCUGGCGUGUUCAUGCAUGGAAAUUCCAGAAUGGGUAAAACAAAGAGAUCAGCAUUUUAUGUUCAUACUUGAAAAAUAAUACUGAGGAGGGGGUAAAGAAAAAAAAAAAGAGUCAGAUCAAAAGGGAAAAAAAUAAGUCAUUGUGGCUAAGAGAAGGAGGAAGGAUCAGGAUGGGGAUAAAAGGGAGAAAUCCCUAGGGCAAGCAAGGGUGAGCAAAGAACUAUGUUAGGGAUUAAAUAGUCUAUCCCAGGAUUUUAUUAAAGAGAUUUCUUCUCCCUCCUCCAUGCCUCAUGUUGUCUUUUUCUCCAACUCCAGAAGUAGGUGUGGUUUUAGGCUCUAAGCAGGGUUGACGGUGGGUCCUGGACACCCAAUAUUGUAUUCACUUAUGCAUCCUCAUGCUUUUCCUGAACUUAAACCUUGCAAAUAGUCUGAAGGUAGGAUAUUCUUUCAGGUUGGUCUUGGUGCCAGGGAAUAGUUUGUUUCACCCCCUUUUUUCCAUCAGAAUUGGCCUCAGAGGCAGGGAUGCACCAAGCAGAGCCCAGUGAAAGUUGAGGGUCCCUGAAACAUCAGAACCUUCCCAUCACUGUGGGAAAUACGUUCCUGGAACUUCAAGUUUCUUAGGAGACAUAACUAGAUGAUGGUAACUGUCCUAAAAAAAUGGGGUGGUGUUGGAAAAUUAUACAGAAGCAGCACUGAAAUGGGAGGCAAGAGAAAGGAAAUAUUUCAGCGGGGUUUGAAAAACCUACCUUUUUUCUUGUAAGUGAAGGAAUAACAUUCAACGGAGAACUCAUAGUCUUCUCUUUUUCAAUUCUAAUUUACUUUGAAGAUUAACUAUGCACAGUGCAUUGCAACAUGCAAAUUGUACUUGAGAUAGGUCUACUGUGGCUUUCUGUUGCAGGAGCUAUCAGAAGAGAAAAUAAAUGCCCCACAGAUAACUAACUCUUCCUAGAAGGCCUGAAUUAAACUCUAUGAAAGGGUCUGUAAUGCUAGCAAGAGAAAAUUUUUUUAAGUUUCUUAUUUCUGCACUUAAAAUUUUCUAAAACAAAAAAUAUUCUCAUUAUUCUAUGGUAGAAAUUUUUCUAAUGUCAGUUCUACUACCCUCAAAACACUCCCUGACAAAACACAUGAAUUAAGUAUGUCUUUUUCUUCUUCCUUCAGAUAUUUAUAGGGGUUUCAUAAAAGUUCACAGAUGCCCAGAACUGCAUUCCAGCCUCCAGAGGCCAAGGACUGCAUUUCUCCCCACUCAUCGACUCAACGGCACUGGGUUCAACCCUGAGAGAUUGGCUCAAUGAGCUACUUUGCACAGCUAGCCCAACAGCACAGCAAACCAUGAAAAAAUAUAGCAGCAAACCAUAGGGCCAAUUAAUCCCAGACAAGGUUGUCCACAGUCAGAUUUUGUCCUCAGAGCCCUCCUUUCUACUUCAUUUGUCCUAAGGGACACCUCCAAUUUCAGUUACCAAGUGUUCAUGUAGCCACAUCUCUGCCUCCACUUCACCCACACACUCUGCUGUAAGGAACAAGCACACUUUCAAACUCACAUUGAUAUGUAGACCACUAAAAGUUACCAAGGAAAGUUACCAAAGGCUUUCUCCUUUAAGUACAAUCUUUUCAAAUGGUAGGCAAAUCUCAAGUAGGUGUGAUGCGAUUGAAUUCUCUGACUCCAUUGCUUAUGUUUAUGUGACUUUAGACAAGUUUAUUAACUUCCCUUACUUUCCUAUUAUGGAACAUAUUACUGUUAACUAUAAUAAUUAUUAUUAAUCCUAAUAAUAUUAAUAAAAUAUAUAACAGAAAUUUACAUGAAAAUUAUGAAUUAAAUUUUCCACAAUUUCUAAAAUAUUUUGAAGUUGAUAAAUCAGUAAAAAAAAAAAAAGAAGGAAGAUGACAGA